AUGAACUCUCAGCUGUAUCAGCCAGCAACAGUGCUGCAAUACGUGGCCAUCCUCGCAGCAAUCUAUGUGUUCUUGAAUGGGCCCUUCUCCGGCGUCUCACCAGGUCAAUCCUCGGACAAGGAGAGCUAUGAUAUGCCCUUGUCACAAGAAAAGGCCGGACAGCUCGUCCAUCCGGACUCUACAUUACAGUGCGAUGCUCAUCCUUACAACGUCCAUGUCUUUUCUAGAAGCCCGCUGGUGAUAUACAUUCCCGACUUCCUCUCGAGAGAAGAGUCAGAACACAUGAUUCAGAUCAGCGAAGACAAGUGGCAGCCCUCUACAGUCUACAGCAACAAUGUCGAAGCUUCAGACACUAGUGUUCGCAAAUCAGAGAAGGCCAUGAUCGAACGCGACAGUACAGUUCAAUGUAUCGAGCAACGCGCUCUAGACUUCCAAGGCUGGCCCGUAGAUACCUUUAUCGAACGCCUGUGGACACAACGAUACACAACAUCUGGACACUAUUCUCACCACUACGACUGGGCCUUUGCAUCGAAAUCAGCACACCGUGUCAGCACAUUCAUGGUCUAUAUCGAAGCCAACUGCACAGGAGGAGGCACAAAUUUCCCAUUGCUCGUCAGACCGAAAGACAAGCGUUGGUGUGAGUUCAUCGACUGUGAGGAACCCGAGGAGAAUGGCGUAACCUUCUUGCCGCGAGCAGGUGCUGCUGUGUUCUGGGAGAAUUUCGAUGUCGAUGGUAAGGGAUGGAAGCAGAGUCUUCACGCCGGUNACCAAAAAGGUCAUCAGGAGGCUGUUGAGGAGCAGGCCACUCACAAAGAUGAGCUCUAG